UGUGUGUGUGUGUGUGUGUCAGGCAUCGACGGCCCCGCGGCUCUGCUGGGGUCAGAAGCUCCAGAUCUGUGCAGUAAGAUCCAGGUUCAGUCGGUCAGUCCACCGCAGGAGACCUCGCCGCCCGCCGCAGACGAGCCAGAGACAGACGCAGACACACACACACUGCUGGAGCCCAAACCUGACAUACACACACUGCUGCAGAGGAGCGGACUGUCCGGCAGCAUGAACUACGACGAGGCCAGCGAGGAAGACGAUGAUGAAGCUGAGGAGAGAAGCCGAUCGCUGUCGCCGAACACAGAGAGCACUCGUCCUGCGUCGGCCUCCAGCAGCAAAUCCACCACGGAGUGUGUCCCGCUGGGUUCUCCGUCGGCUGAGGGCUCCUCCAUUGAGGUGGAUAAUCUGGAGGAGUUUGUGCUCCGUCCGGCUCCGAGGGGGGUCACCGUCAAGUGCCGCAUCUCACGAGACAAGAAGGGCAUGGAUCGCGGUCUCUAUCCCACGUAUUAUAUGCAUCUGGAGAGAGAAGACGGCAAGAAGGUGUUCUUACUGGCCGGACGCAAGAGGAAAAAGAGCAAAACAUCCAACUAUCUGAUCUCUGUGGACGCCACAGAUCUGUCCCGUGAGGGCGAGAGCUUCAUAGGAAAACUGAGGUCGAAUCUGAUGGGAACCAAGUUUACGGUGUACGAUAACGGCACGAAUCCCACGAAAACCCCCGGAGCGCUGCUGGAGGAGACCAACACUCGGCAGGAGCUCGCCGCCAUCUGCUACGAGACCAAUGUUCUGGGCUUCAAAGGGCCGCGGAAGAUGACCGUCAUCAUUCCUGGGAUGAACAUGAACUUCGAGCGUGUUCCGGUUCGUCCGGCGUGUGAGCAGGAGUCUCUGCUGAGUAAAUGGCAGAAUCACUCGCUGGAGAAUCUGAUCGAGCUGCACAAUAAAGCGCCGGUGUGGAACGACGACACACAGUCUUACGUGCUCAACUUCCACGGCAGGGUCACGCAGGCCUCCGUCAAGAACUUCCAGAUCGUGCACGAUAACGACCCUGACUACAUCGUGAUGCAGUUUGGUCGUGUGGCGGAGGACAUCUUCACUCUGGACUUUAACUACCCCAUGUGUGCCCUGCAGGCCUUUGCUAUCGGCCUGUCCAGCUUCGACAGCAAACUGGCCUGCGAGUGACCAUGACACACACACACACACACACACACACACACACACACACACACACACACACACACACACACACACACACACACACACUCAGGACACUAAAGCGCAGUCGUCCUCAGGAAGAGGACUUGUGCUGUAUCACAAUAAUUACAAACAAAAGGACCAAAUUAAUUGUUUUAUAAAUGAAACACAUCGAAUCAUUUAACCUUCUACUACCUAGAAUAACUGACAAGAUGAUCCUGCAAGUUUGUUUUCUGCAGAAAAAGAAGAUACGCAGGAUUAAUGCUUUAAUGGACCCAUAGAAAAGAGACUGAAAUGGAGAGAUUUUAUUUAAGCUUUUUAUGAUGUCUGAGGGAUUUGAAGAGUAUUAAGAACAUUUUGGGGUCAGAACUUUAUUGAAGCUUGUUUCUGCCAUGGGAUAAAAAAAAAAAACUUAACUGUUACUGUUUUUCUCACAGUUGUGAGAUUAUAUCUCAUAAAUCAACAUUAAUGUCUCACAAUUCUGAGUUUAUAUCAUGCAAUUUUGUACUUAUAGCUAGCAAUUCUGCCCUUAUAUCUCACAUUGUUUAUAUCUCACUAUUCUGCAUUUAUAUCGCAAUUCUGAGUUUAUAUCGCACAAUUCUGCAUUUAUAUCGCAAUUCUGAUUAUUUUACACACUUCUGAUUUUAUAUCUCACAAUUCUGUGUAUAUAUCAUAAAUCAGAUUUUAAUUUCUCACAACUGAAAUGGUCACAAUGACUUAUUUUUAAUCUCGUGAAAACAAGCUUCCAUAGACUUCACCGCUGAAAUUAAAAAACGAUAUAUAUUUUGCAUUAAAAAAAUACAAAUAAAUAACAAAUCAUGUAAAAGAGCAAUUGGGAAUUACAAUAAAUUAUACAUAUCCAUUAUGGUAGUGAAAAUGUUCAUGUUUAAAAAUAUGCUUUUUUUUUUUUCUUCAGGUACAGUGUGUUUUCUUUUUUUUUUCUUUUUUAUUAAUAAGGUGAUAUGUGUCCUAGAUGUAUCUUCAUGAGUUUUACAUUUUUUAUUUGGACGACUAUGUAUUUUUUGCAUUCUGCAUGUUGAAAUAUGACAUUUUUAUCACUUGUUUUUAAACGUGGUCCGUUAUUUGUCUUUUCACUAGUCUUUGCUCACCAUAAGUCCCUGAGGAAACACACUGCAUGUUACUGAACGCGGAGAAGCGCUGGAUGGAGAAAAAGGGAAGCUCGAGCACAUUUGGUUUCCUGUUGAUAUGAUUGAUGUGUGUUAAUAUUCAUCCUAUGUUGCGUGUCUGUCAACCAAGAGUAUACUGACAUUUUAUAUAUAUGUGUAUAUAUAUAUAUUAAAAAAGCAAAACAAUUUUGUUUUCAUUUUAAACCAAUAACCUGUUUGCACAAACUGUAUUUUAUGAUGACACUGUUGGUAGAAAUGCUGUAAUUAAAAGUCAGAAAUAUGGAAAAUCGAAUGCA